GAAAAGAACGGAUGGAACUGCAGUGCAAUCCCAUCUUGUUAUCUUCGCCUCUAAGCUACCAUUUGCAUAUAAAUGGUGCAGUUCAUCGUCCACUUCGGAGCACUCCAAGUUUGUACGGGAUGCAGACGGACACGAAGGAGCCUGCCGCCGCGGCCCCGGCCGUCGGCAAGCCGCCGAGCAUCUGUGACAGGCUCCAGAGAGCCUUCCACGCCCGGCCGGCGUUCCGGCCUCUCCGCCGCCUCACCGUCCUCCACCACGACGGCGGAGCUGCGAAGCCCGCCGCUCUCGGUGCCGGCCCUGACGCUACUCACGGUGGUCCGCCGGUGCCGGCCCCGCCACAGCCACCGUCUUCGGUUGCCGGUGCUCACGCUCCCGCGCCCACGGCACCGCCGGCUCCGCAGCCGGUCCCUGUGUGCGCACCGGCCGUCGCCGAGAUGGCGGCGGUGAACAGCGCACCACCGGGGGCGCCGGCGCCGGCGGGGGAUACGAAGGCCGAGGACAAGGCUAAGCAGACCAAAGGGAAGAUCAGGGUGGGCUCCAGGGUCCGCAAGGCCCUCUCGUCCAAGUAGCGAAACCAACAACGUACCAUCCGUGAAGCAGGCCUCUCCGAUGUUGAGCUGCUUGACUACUAUCUUCCGGAUGCUUGUGUUGCUGCUUCUUUGAAUUCAGAUGUUGUUGUUGCUGUAUGCAGGGCUCCAUUUUGUUGGUGGAUGUGGUUGAAUUUCUGUUCCUUUUUUGCCCAUUCUGAGAGUGUGUGUAUAGUAUCUUCAACAAACUAGCUAAAUUUAACUCUCGAUAUUUUCAUUUGGUUAUCCAUUUUAUAAGAUUAUUUCUCUAUA